AAAUGGUCAUUUUCCAGCAGCCAAACUGCAACCAGGACACAAAAUUAUUUCGAAUGGUCUUUUUCCAGUAGCCAAGCUGCAACCGGGACGCAAAAUUAUUUUUAAUGGUCCUUCUCCAGCAACCAAACUUCAACAAGGAUACAAUAAUAUUUUGCAAGAACGAAUUAAUCUCUGUCCUCCGGAUGAUACCUGUUGUUCAGAUUCAUGUUGUCCUAAGGAGAAUCCCAUCUGUUGUACAGAUUGGUGUUGCCCUCAGGACACUCCCGUCUGUUGUCCAGGUUCAGAAUGGUGCUGCCCUGAGGGCGGUGGCUGUUGUUCGGGUAAAGGAUGUUGUCCCCCUGACAUUCCUGUCUGUUGUGAUGAAGAAUGCUGCUCCAAG